UUAACAUUUUCUGAAGUUUUGGAGCUCAAGGACCUUGUGCAAAAAGAGAAGGAGGGAGAAAACUGCAAUUUCGCCAAACUCAUUAGGCAGCUGAGAAGCAGUUUUGUUAUUUUUUUUUUGACAUUACUAAUUUGCCAAACAAAAACUGCAUACGUAUCUUACUUGUAAUCUUUUAUGCCCCCAAUCGAAAAACCACCAAAUGGUAGCAGAAAAUCAGCACAGGAACUUCUACGUCUUAAUAAUCAGGUACGGAGAAAUCUUGACAACCGUAACUCCCUUUCUACCAUCACCGAGGAGCCGAAAUCAUUUCGCACAAUGACCUCCUCCGACACUAGGGCGGUGUAUAGUGAUGAAUCGCUCAGUGAUGAGUUCGUUGAAAGUCUUGCGCAGGAAUCCAUACGAUCAGCGCCGAUGCUGCGGGAACCUCCAGCCCCUCGCAAAAAACGACACACGUCGGUUGUGGUGAAAGGUGCCACGCCACAAGUGGCAAUACCGCACGAGGAUACAUGGCAGCGUACCCCUGCCAUGAAAAAGGAGUUGCUGGAUCACAUAGGUUCCGCUGGAAAGCCACUAUUCGAAACCAUAACAGGCGAUAUUUCCUCUGAACCCAUGCCCUCAAUUCUCGUCACAGGAUUUGGAAUCCGCAACCUCGCCUCAUUGCAGACGGCGCUCCAACUCGACGAAGAAGAAAGGCAACUGCGACAGGUUUACAGAACUGACGCGGAACUACAGCCCGAAACGCACACGCCAUCACUAAAAUCGACGACGUCAAGUAAAAGCGUCGAAGUUACCGUGCACGGGAGCGAGUCUACGUCCGAAACGCAAACGGAAUCCAGCGUUUCUGUGGAGUGGAAAGAGGGGAGGUUGAACUAUUUGAUGGGGUUGGACGCGGAGGCAAUCGAGGAGGAGCAGCAGGAGGCUUAUCGGGUACAAAAAGAGGGAGUGCGGCGAACUGUAACGGAAGUAGCUAUGGAACAGGAGGCGCCAGUGGGGAAAAGUGUGUUGAUGCGUAGGGCACAGAGGUAUCUGAGGGAGCACAAGAUAUUUGAGUUCUUUCAGUUCAUUGUCGCUCAUCUCUUGAGUGCGUUACCAGAGAAUCCAGUUGAAUUUAUCAUCGACCUGAUGGAUCAAUGCAUGAUGUUCAGAUCGGGUCUGACGAAACCGCCCCUCCUCUACGACAAAAAGCAUUUGGAUUGCCUUUUCAAUUUAAUGGAUAAAAUGCGAACCGGACACAUCGAGGUGGACCAAUAUCGUACAGGAAUGCGAACUGUUGGUGUAUGUUCCUUUAAUCAAAAUCCUCCGCUGACCCCCGACGGUAUGGUUGCGAAGAAUAUUUUCAUUGAUGAAGCUUACGAGUGCCUAACGGAGCUACUGAGUGAUCUUUUAAAACGUCGAUGGAUAGACACGCCGCCGCCGCUCCGUUCUUUCAAUUAUGUUCCAACACCUCAACUGUCGAUCAUCAGCAGUGUUGAGCAAACCCUGGGCCCACCAUUCCAGAAGACGAGAUGCAUCCUACGAUAGAAAUUCUGAACAAUUUGUGAGAUAGUCAUUUAUGUGUAGGUCUUUACAGUGUGGCUCUCGGUACAAAAUUUUCUUCAAUAAACUGUAGUCUGUGAGGUC